UAAAGCCUGGGGUGGGGUUGGACGAUGCUCGUCUCUCCCUGGAGGAAGCGGUCUUCGGGCUACGCGUCACAAACAAAAUAAACCAUGGGAAACCCAGAAAUCAUAACUGAAGCUUAUGUGGCUGUCAUCCGUCCAAAGAAUGCUGCAAGCCUGAAUUCUCGUGAAUAUCGUGCCAAAUCAUAUGAGAUUUUAUUGCUUGAAGUUCCUAUUGAAGGACAUAAAAAGAAGAGAAGGAAAAUGUUAUUGGAAACUAAACUUCAGGGGGGCAGUGACAUAACGCAAAGCAUUCUGGAUUAUAUAGUAGAAACCACUAAACCGAUUUCCCCAGGAAACCAAGGUAUUAAAGGGAAACGAGUUCUGUUAAUGAAAACAUUCCCUCUUGAUGGUGAGAAGACAGGCAAGGAUGCAUCUCUUUUUGUUGUACCAACAGUUGUCAAAGAUAAUACAAAAUAUGCAUACAGUCCUGGAUGCCCAGUUUUCUACUGUUUGCAGGACAUCAUGAGAGUCUGCAGUGAAUCAAGCUCUCACUUUGCUACAGUUACAGCCAGAAUGUUAAUUUAUUUGGAUAAAUGGUUAGAAGAACGGCAUUCACAAUCACAUUCCAUCCCAGCUUUAUUCAGGCCAUCUCCCAUAGAGCGGAUUAAAACCAAUGUCACAAACCCUGCAUAUGCUGUUGAACCUGGGCAAACAGAGAGCUCUCUUCACAUGGGAUAUACUGCAUUAGAAAUCAAAAGUAAAAUGAUGGCACUUGAGAAGGCAGACAUAUGUAUCUACAAUCCUUUAUUUGGCUCUGAUCUUCAGUAUACCAAUAGGGUUGACAAAGUGGUAAUAAAUCCUUAUUUUGGACUCGGAGCCCCAGACUACUCAAAAAUACAGAUUCCAAAACGUGAAAAGUGGCAACGCAGCAUGAGCAGUGUCAUGGAAGACAAGGAACGUCAAUGGGUUGAUGAUUUUCCACUUCAUCGUAGUGCUUGUGAAGGAGAUUCUGAGUUAUUGAGUCAACUUCUAGAUGAAAAUUUUUCAGUUAACCAGCUAGACAGUGACCACUGGGCACCUAUCCAUUAUGCAUGUUGGUAUGGAAAAGUUGAAGCUACUCGAAUGCUGUUAGAGAAAGGAAAGUGCAAUCCAAACUUGCUGAAUGGACAGCAUAGCUCUCCUCUUCAUUUUGCUUCUGGGGGAGGGCAUGCUGAUAUUGUUCAGAUUCUCCUAAACCAUCCGGAAAUUGACAGACACAUUACUGAUCAACAAGGGAGAACUCCUCUGAAUGUCUGUGAAGAGAACAAACAAAAUGAAUGGGAAAAAACAGCUAAUUUGCUGAAAGAGGCCAUGAACAAACAAUAUGAAAAAGUGCGAAUUUACCGGAUGGAUGGAUCUUACCGCUCUGUUGAGUUGAAGCAUGGAAAUAACACUAGUGUGCAACAGAUAAUGGAAGGAAUGCGUCUUUCCCAAGAAACACAGCAGUACUUUACUAUUUGGAUCUGUUCGGAAAACCUUAGUCUCCAGCUGAAGCCCUAUCACAGGCCUUUGCAGCACGUUCGAGACUGGCCUGAAAUAGUUACUGAACUGACAAACCUGGAUCCUCAAAGGGAAACUCCACAGCUUUUCCUGAGGAGGGAUGUGAGACUUCCUCUAGAUGUUGAAAAAAAGAUUGAGGAUCCUUUAGCUAUUCUUAUCCUAUUUGAUGAAGCCAGGUACAAUUUACUGAAAGGUUUUUAUACAUCACCUGAUGCCAAGCUGAUAACACUUGCAAGUCUGCUGCUGCAAAUAGUCUAUGGGAAUUAUGAAAGUAAAAAACACAAGCAGGGCUUCCUGAAUGAAGAAAACUUAAAAUCUAUAGUACCAGUUACCAAAUUAAAAAGUAAGGCACCCCACUGGACAAACCGAAUACUUCAUGAAUAUAAGAGUCUCAGUACCAGUGAGGGUGUGAGUAAAGAGAUGCAUCACCUGCAGCGCAUGUUUUUGCAGAACUGUUGGGAGAUUCCUACCUAUGGCGCUGCUUUUUUCACAGGCCAAGUAUUCACAAAAGCAAGUUCAAGCAAUCAUAAAGUCAUUCGAGUAUAUGUAGGCGUAAAUGUCAAAGGAUUACAUCUUCUCAAUAUGGAAACAAAAGCUUUGCUCAUAAGUUUAAAAUAUGGUUGCUUUAUCUGGCAGUUGGGAGAUGGAGAUACCUGCUUUCAAAUACAUAGUUUGGAAAACAAAAUGAGCUUCAUAGUCCAUACCAAGCAGGCAGGUCUUGUCAUAAAACUGCUGAUAAAGUUAAGCAGCCAGUUGGUGCCUAAUGAAAGAAGUGACUGAAAUAAAUGACAAAUGGUUAUGCAGUUAAUUGUAUUUGUGUGUGUGCAAGUUUUGCAUGUCUAUGAAUUGUACAGGAUUAAAUAUGUUGCCUAAUGUACUUAGUUAAAGCACUCUGUUGCAUAUUUGUAAAAUACAGCCAGGUAUUUUGAUACAACUUUUGUGUUUUCUAUUUGAAAAGUCAUGAAAUUAUAUUUCAUGUAGAAAGAGUAUAUAUGUACUCAACUGCACAAGUAUUAAAAAAGAAGGCCACGAUUGCACUCAUAGGUACCCUGCUGGAACAUACAUCAAAAUGAACAUGCAUAUGUGUUCCAUAUAAAUUAUAAAGAUCUUGCCCCUAGGCUACUCCACAAAAGCUUACUGCUUUAUUACAACCAUAUUCCAAUGCAUGCAGUGCAUGAGAAUUGUUGCGGUCCAGUACAGAUAGAAAAUAUGUAGUGGAACUUUCAAAGCAGUAACAUUUUAGGGGCCAUCCUAGGACUAAGUGUCAUAGCUUAACUAGGUAAUCACAUGUUAAACUGUCUAGCUGACAUGCAUCUACCAAGGCCUCUCCCGUUGCAGAACUAUGUAAUCUCCAAAUAGUACCUCUUGAAGAUUUUAAAAAAGAGGAAGACAACUUGUUAGAUGCUCAAAAUACCACAUGGAACAGGUCAGUAAGAGCCAUCCUGAUUGCAGUUUGAAUUAUAAACCUUUUUAUUUGCCUGAUACUUUAAGUGUUGACAGUGUUUUAAAGAUGGGUUUUAUUUGUUGUCUCUUGAUGGUUGAUGCUGUGCUUUUAUUGUAUGACUGUUUUGGGACUCAGUGAAGGAUGGUAUAGAAAAGCUUUUAAUAAUAAAUUUUAGUGUACUUGGUAUAUUGCUUUUGCACAUAUUGGCUUUUAUACAUAUACAUACAGAUCUGUUUCUAAUUUAUUAUGUUUAUGAAGGGCAGUGCUUUUUAAAAUAUUUGUAUAAAGUCUGUUUUUAAAUAAAAAGCAUAUCUUAACUGAUUUUAUGGGAUUUAGUAAACAUUUAUUCCUAUACUUGUUUUUAAAUUUUUACUGUUAAAAGUACAGAAAGGAACAGAAACAUAAAUAAUAAUGCCAAACACAAACAUAACAUAUAUUCAUAACCUGCAAAUUCCCCCAAACCCCCAAAUUUCUAUCUUUCUGUUAAUUAGUACUUUGUUGAAGUUUGCAGAAAAGAUUAUUAUAGUUCUCUAAACCAUCAUUUUUCAAUAUAUUUUGAAUGAAUUAUAAAUCAUCAACAAGAGUUUAGCAAGCUUAUAUUAAUUAAACUGCAUAUAAUAGAAUGUCCAUUUCUUCAAUCAGCCUUCUGUUUAUGUUCUUAGAAAGCAAUGACUGGCUAUCACCUUUGUAAGUGCCCACAAAGUCAUUCCCCACAUCUUAGCUAUACUUAGUUAAGAAGCACCUACUCAACCUGCAGUCAAGUUUGAAAAGAAAAAAAACCAGUUCUGUUUAUCACAGAACUGCAUAUUAUUACAAAAGAAUCAGAUCUACAAGGAACACCUGCCUAAUAGCAAGGCUUGCAUUUAUGUAUAUCCAACUGAAUGAGGAACUGUGAAUCAAACAGACAGACAUGGUUACCCUCUCUCACCCAACACAACUGCCAUGACUAUAAAUAUAUAUUUCUUUCAAAGGUGUACUCCUCUGCCCCCCCCCAUAGGGUUGUCUACUGGACCAUAGGUGAUCCUGAAGCUAGGGCCACCUUGCUGCCAGCACAGAAGGACUGUGCACUGGCUGCCUCUUUAAGGACACAUCUGGGCCUCAGAGGAUGAAAUGGGGCUGCCAGUGGGAGGGCAGGAGGCUGGGACUGUUGUCUUGUGCUGAUUCUUGUCUGUGCCCCAGCCUCCAUCCCUCCAACUCCCUAGCACUAAAUCUAGGUGUCGUAAAAUGGCCAUCUCAUUCUGCAUUCUGGAAGCAUGUAACUCUUUCAGUUAGGAGGCUUAGGUGUGUUUGCUCAGAACACAAUGGAUUGUACCCAAAGAAUGCUAAAAUUCUACAAUCUGACUCCAUGCUGACCAAACAAUUUAGCAGCAUUUUAACUUUUUCAAAAAAAAUGUAUCACACUUAAAAUCUGGUUAUUCCAUGCACUCUGUGGAAUACUUUAUAAUGAAGCUAAAUAUAUACAUGCAAUCCCUAUAAAUAAAGAAUAGUUUAUUAUUCAAAAAUAUCAUGCAGAAAGGAAGUUUAAUACUGAACCUUUUGAUAUACACAUCCUUUAUUGUUGUCUUGUUCUAAUUCUAUUGCAAAUGGUCUAAAAUGCUACUGUUUUUACCUAAUACCAAAAUACCAGCUUUUCUAAACUCUUUAUUUUAUUUUAUUUUAUUUUAUUUUAUUUAGCAGACUUAUA